CUCCAUCCUGGAACUUACUGCUGAUCUCACUCAAGUCCAAGCUAUUCAAAGCACAGAUCAGCUGUGAGAAGGCCUCAACCCAGAGCUCAGGCACAACAGACUUUAUCAUGACAACAACAAUAGUAAUUCAGCAACCGCCACCUACACAAGUGGUCGAAGUCAUGAACCCACGGGAGUGGAGUACGGGAUUGUUUGAUUGUCUCAAUGAUUUAAAAACAUGCUGUUUUGCGUACUGGUGUUUCCCCUGCUUCGCAUGCAAAACCUCUAAAGACUACGGUGAGCAUCUCUGUCUCCCCCUGCUGGAUUGUUUUGGUUGGUGCGUCCCACCCAUCACCUUGGCUAUGAGGGUCUCCUUGCGACACCGCUAUGGCAUCGACGGCUCCCUUUCUGAUGACUGCGUGCUGUCCAGCUUCUGUACCGUGUGCGUCUGGUGUCAGAUGGCCAGGGAGAUAGAAAAGAGGAAUGCCCCGGUCAUGAUCGCAGCCAAAACCGCAUAACCCCAAAACCACCACCUGGGCUGAUACGUGUUCUGGUGCUGGCGAUGCUGAAGAAUAUCUAUAGCUCUAAAUCAGCAGAGAACCUUAAUGAUGCAGCUAUGUGAGCCAUAUGAUCUUGAUUUAAACUUUACGAAUGAAGGCCAAUGGAUUUGGAUGAAAUCAACAGUUAACAUUGUUUUCUGGGGUUUUGUUUGUAUAACUAAAUUAGAAUUGUAUCAGUUUUUAUGUAUUCUUUGUAGAAUAAGGUAUAAGAAUAAGAAUAUAAGAAUAAAGAAACAACACACUAACUCUUAGUAAUUCUUACUUGCUCGUAAGUAACAAUUACUCUCACAAGCCAUUCUUAUGAGAACAAGCCAUUCUUAUGAGAAUUACUUAUGACUCAUAAAAAUCAUGA